AUGGUGAAGAAAACCACCGGUGUAGACGGCAUACCAAGCAGAUUGUUGAAAGACGGAGCUGACGUAUUGACCUAUCCAUUGACAGUUUUGUUCAAUUUGUCAGUUCAACAAUGUAAGAUCCCUGGAGAAUGGAAGAAGGCAAAAGUUACGCCACUUUACAGGAAUGGCGCAAAGAGUGAUCCAAAAAAUUUCCGCCCUAUUUCUGUUUUACCUGUAGUAUCUAAAGUUCAUGAGCGAUUAAUCCAUAACCAACUUGCAUCGUAUUUUGAUGAAAAUAACCUGUUGUGUAGAUCUCAGCCAGGAUUUCGAAAGAAACACUCAACAGAAAUAACGGUAACCCAUUUUGCAGACCAAAUUCUCAUGGGCAUGGAUAAAGGGCUAGUAUCGGGUGCCGUUUUCAUUGACCUAGCUAAGGCAAUCGACCACGAUGUCUUAAUUCAUAAGCUGAAACAUUAUGGCGUAUCUGAUGAAAGUCUAUUAUGGUUUAAGGAUAACUUUUGCGCAAGGAAGCAGUUUGUAACUGUUGAUUCGCAUAGAUCUGAAGAGCUGGAUAUCGCUUGUGGGGUACCGCAAGGGUCAAUUCUUGGCCCGUUAUUAUUUAUCAUUUGCAUCAAUGAUUUAUCAUCUUGUAUGCGAAGCUGCUCAGUCAGUAUGUAUGCAGACGAUACAGCAAUAUACAUUGCGGCCUCGACGGUUGAUGUGGUGAAUGAUAACAUCAAUGAAGAUUUAAAUCGCUAA